CACCGUCGAUCCUCUCCCCCGCCCUCCUCUUCUGCCAGCCAGUCUCUUGCCGGGGUUCAACUUCUGUCGGCAGAGCCGAGGAUGGAGAGCGGGGAUCGCCUGCUUGGGGUGGCGGUUCUGCUCGCCGUGUGCGGGAGCGGUUUCCCGCUCGGUUCCACUUCGCCGGGACCCGGAGGAGCAGCUGUGCACAGCCUGCGGGGCAGCUGGCGGGUGAACAACGCGAACGGCUCGCUGGCUCUGAAAGGCGAGGUCCCGGGCUGCGUGCAUACCGCCUUGUUCCGAGAGGGUCUCAUCCAGGAUCCCUACUAUAGAUUUAAUGAUCUGGCCUACAGAUGGAUCUCCUUGGAUAACUGGACAUAUAGCAGAACAUUCAAAGCUCCUUUUAAUAUCAGCAUGUGGCAAAAAGUGACUUUGGCUUUUGACGGGGUAGAUACAGUAGCAGAGAUAGUGGUCAAUAACAUAACUGUUGGAAAGACAGAUAAUAUGUUCCAGAAAUAUAAAUUUGAUGUUACUAAUGUGAUCAAGGAGAUCAACACAGUCCAAGUCCAGUUUUUGUCUGCUAUUUUGUAUGCUGCCCAACAGAAUAAAAAUCACCAAGCAUACAAAGUGCCUCCAGAAUGUCCUCCACCUGUGCAAAAAGGAGAAUGUCACGUGAAUUUCAUCAGAAAGGAGCAGUGUUCAUUUAGCUGGGAUUGGGGCCCCUCUUUCCCUACUCAGGGAAUUUGGAAGGACGUUAGAAUUGAAGUAUAUAAUCUUUAUCACCUUGUCUACUUCUCUGUGACUCCUUUCUAUGAGCCAAAUAUUCAUCAGUGGCAUCUUCAGAUAGAGUCAAAGUUUGACGUUGUCAGCAAAAAGCCAAUUGCUGGAUUUGUGGCUGUGAACGUUCCUGAGCUGAGGAUCCAGCAGGGGUUCACUGUGCAACUUCUUCCUGGAGAAAGCAGUAUUGCGUUGCUCGUAAAUGUCAGUAAGAGUGUGCCAGUGGAACUUUGGUGGCCAUCUGGGCAUGGAAAUCAGUCUGGAUACAACAUGACAGCAGUGUUCAUUAUGCAGGAAGGAUACAAGAUCAUAAAACAUUGGAAGGUUUAUUUUCGGACAGUAGAUCUGGUAGAGGAACCUAUUCCUGACUCGCCCGGUUUGAGUUUUUAUUUCAGAAUAAAUGGACUGCCCAUUUUUAUGAAAGGUUCCAACUGGAUUCCAGCUGAUUCUUUUCCUGACAAAGUGAGCUCUAAAAUGUUACGCUUCUUAUUGCAGUCAACAGUUGAUGCCAAUAUGAAUACACUUCGAGUUUGGGGAGGAGGCAUAUAUGAGCAAGAUGAGUUCUAUGAGAUUUGUGAUGAACUAGGAAUCAUGAUUUGGCAAGACUUUAUGUUUGCGUCUGCCCUUUAUCCAACCAACCAGCACUACUUAGACUCAGUAAGAGCAGAAAUUACUCAUCAGGUAAAGCGACUGAAAUAUCACCCGUCCAUCAUUUUAUGGAGCGGGAACAAUGAAAAUGAAGUUGCACUUUCCACCAACUGGUUCUCCGUUCCAAGUGCACAGAUGAACCUUUAUUUCAAAGAUUAUGUGACACUUUAUGUUGAUAAUAUCCGAGAAAUUGUUUUUGCUGAAGAUCAGAGCCGUCCUUUUAUUGCCUCAAGCCCUACCAAUGGAUUGGAGUCAGUCAAAGAAGGCUGGUUGGCUCGUAACCCUUAUGAUACCCAUUAUGGAGAUACCCAUUACUACAAUUAUCUGAAUGACUGCUGGGAUUGGACCCUUUAUCCCAGGGCUCGGUUUGCCUCUGAAUAUGGCUUUCAGUCAUGGCCUUCCUUUAGCACCUUGGUACAGGUUUCUGUAGAGGAAGAUUGGUCUUAUAAAAGUAAUUUCUCCCUGCACCGACAGCAUCAUGCUGGAGGUAACGAUGAAAUGCUUCAGCAGGCAGGGCUUCACUUUAAAUUGCCUCAGGUAGUAAAUCCAGUUGAGAACUUCAAACAGACAAUCUAUCUCACCCAGAUCAUGCAGGCCCAGUGUGUAAAAACUGAAACCGAGUUCUAUCGUCGCAGCCAAAGUGAGAUAGUCAACGGGGAGGGACGAACUAUGGGUGCCCUUUUUUGGCAACUAAACGAUAUCUGGCAGGGCCCUUCCUGGGCUUCUCUAGAAUACGGUGGCAAAUGGAAGAUGCUUCAUUACUUUGCCAAGCAUUUCUUUGCUCCUUUGCUGCCUGUGGCACAUGAGAAGGAAAAUGUUUUCUACAUAUAUGGAGUCUCGGAUUUUCAUUCUGACUACAACCUGGCCCUCAAAAUAAUUGUAUAUGAUUGGAGCAGAAUGGAGCCGGUGUGCACUUUGACGAAAAAUGAUGUGAUUGUUAAGGAAGGAAGUGCAGUUCUCAUUUAUAAGGAGCCCAUCAAUGAUCUUUUGAAAAGAUGUGGAAAUUGUACCAGGCAAAGCUGCGUCAUUAUCUUUCAUUUUGAGACGGAAGGUGAACCCUCCAGUCCAAUUAAUUACCACUUCCUGUCCUCACUGAAAAAUGCAAAAGGAUUAAAGAAUCCACACAUUCAUGCUUCUAUUUCUCAAGAAGGAGAUCAUUUUCAAUUUGCCCUGGAAGCCGCAGCCAUCGCUCCUUUUGUUUGGUUAGAUGUUGGGAACAUCCCAGGAAGAUUCAGUGACAAUGGAUUUCUUCUCACAGAGGAGCAAAAACUCAUAUUCUUUUACCCUUGGGAAGCUACUAGCGUCAAGGAGUUGGAGAAGUCAUUCAGCUUAAUAUCGCUGACAGACAUUUCCUGAGAAAAACUCAGCAAGAAUGGAGACAAAAGCUACUGGAAAUGGGGAACGUGUGUAGGAAUGCAGCUCUAAAAUAAAAUGGAUAAAAUGGAACGAUUGGACAUUAUUCUCAUGCCAGCUUCCUACACAUAUGGUAUUACUCAGUUAAGUGGAGGGAAGCCAAGUGCAGUUCUGAAUCUCUUUAGAAUGAGAGCACUUUAAAUAAGUCAGACAAGCACACAUCCUGAGAAAUGUCUAUGAACAGUAAAAUAUGUAAUACUCUGCAUCCCUCUGGCAUCAUUUUUCUGAAUUCCAGAACCAGAGUCUGCAUCUCCAAUGAAAAAAUAUUGCAAAAGACCAGAGAUCUGUAUGGAUCUUUAGGCACUUGUCCUAUUACAGGAUUGACCAGAGGGAGCUUCUCUCCUGCUUCUUGUGUUGGGGCAUCAUAGAUGGGCAUCCUUCUCAUGUAAUUAUAACACUGCUCUUGUCGCAGAUAAAUCUUAUGGUGGAUAACAGGGGUCUCCAACUUCCAGGAAUCGGGCCACUGAAGCGGCAGGCAAGCACCUGAGCUCGCAAAGCUACAUUUGUGCAAGCUGCAGGCACACGCGUGAAACCAUCUCUCACCCCCCCAUCACGGCUGCUGCCGGUCCGCGGAGCUAGAAAGUUUGGGGACCGCUGAUGUAUAAGGAUAAUAUUGCUGGUAAACACAGGAAGUUUGAACAGUCUGUUGAUUAAUAGAAUGGACCUUCUAUGUCUACUAUUAAAGAGGGCAGAUAAGGGAUAACAACGUGAGCACUUCUAGCAAUAGUGUUCCUUUUUGCUAAGUGAGACAUUUGUUAAGUGAAUUUUGCCCCAUUUUAGGACCAUUCUUGCCACAAUUG